GAGCUAUUGAUUUCCGUUUGCGCUGCGGAAGUAAGUUUUGUCUAAUUACGGUUGAAUAAGGAAGUUCGAUACCGAUAAGCGAGUUUAAUCGAUUUUUUUAACCUUAAAAUAUGCAAUGGUUAUGUAUGAGGCAAUUUGGGCAGUGUAAAUAAACAUGGAUUACAGAAACAUACUGCAGGCAAUGUGCGAAAAAAACAGUUAUCUGUUGGAAUGGUAUUUGGAGUACUCCCCGAUUCACUUCGAAGCCACCGUGAGAUAUAAACAAGACACUAGAGAGUAUGGACGGAACUGCGAUAACUUCGUUUCCGAAUUUGGAUCACUGACAUACACAAAUUGGAUAGUACGGUACACUUAUCCGUCUGCGAAGAAGUAUUUAUAUCGCAAAGUGUUCAAGUGUCAGCAGAAUAGUUUUAACAAAGUCAAAGCAAAGGAGGAUAGUUGUAACGCGAAAAUUAAUUUUGUGUUUAAGGAAAUUACUAUAAAUCCUAAAAAAAAUGAUAAACUCUUGGAGCAGGGGUACAAUGUCUUCGUAAAUAUUACGUUCGACCAUAGUCAUGAAUUAAACUCCAGAAUCGAUUCAAAUUUUUUAAAUAUUUCAACAAGGCCACGAGACAGACUUGUUAAAAACGUUAAGUGUCCCGUAGUUUUACUGGAGGAAGGUGUCAUUCGCGAACAUUUUAUCAAUUUUAAUAACGGCCAAGCGCAAGCUGUAAACGAAUCUGGUGAACUGACUUUUAAUAAUCUCACUAGUGAAGAAAUAAGAGAACUGAUUGCAAAUUUCGAUUUUUCCGACAGCGAUGUGGAGGAAUCGUAUUUUUUGCAAAGCGCUCCACUCGACGAAAUGACAAAAGUGUGUCGUUUGUGUCUAGUCAAAUUGGCUAGAGGGUCGAAAUAUUUUAACAUCAAUGCCGUGGAAAGUUUCACGGGAUUUAUGCCAUACAGAGACCAAUUGACGACGUGUAUACCGGAAAUGGCAUUGGAUUUGAUCCCAAACCCCGUUAUAUGCAACACUUGCCGCAACGCUUUGAAAACCUCUUACGAUUUUAAAUCGAGAUGUUUAUUAAUCGAGAAAAAGAUAAGAGAAUAUGUGGAGAGUCAGCCAAUGGAAGCCUACGAUCUCAGCGAAAUUGAUACUUCCGAAUUACCGAAACCCAUAAAGCCACAAGAUUUGGAGUCGCCAAAAGAAUCCCCUCCCAAGGAGCCAAAAAAACAAACGUCUAUGCUCUCCGAUUUGCUUAGUGUCAAACGAGAGAUUGUGAUAUCUAAUUCAACCGAACUUGAGAUUGUUCCCUCCUCAUUUUCAAGGACCCCCGUCGUAAAGGAGGAAGAGGCCGUUACACAAAACACGGGCGCUGUGUUUGCGUGCAAUCAUUGUGAACAGAAAUUUCCGAACGUGCCCGCGUUGCACCAUCACAAAACCGCUUUACAUGACGAAGAUUACUUGUGCAAUUUUUGUAACCAGGCGUUUAAGACUUUGCAGUGCUUGAGAAAGCACAACAAUAUCUGCCAAAGGAGUCGAAAUCCAGCGGCGCACCAUCCAGUUCUAACAAAGAGGCCUCAUCUGCCGACCAAGGCGAAAAAUCACCUCAAAAAGUGGCUCUUCCGGCACACAGAUCACCCCUAUCCGACGGACAUGGAAAAACAGCAAUUGAUGAAGGAGACGAACUUGUCGUUGCUGCAGGUGGAAAAUUGGUUUAUAAACGCUCGAAGGAGAAUUUUGGCGGACCUGACGAAACUGAAAAAUCUCAGAGGAAGGCAGAUCAGGAGGAAACGGAACCGCACGCAGUUGGAGCUCGAAGCAGAUUGCGAGGACAUCUUAGAGACGGAACCGGAAAAACUGCUGGAUGAAGAAUUGGAGCAGGCGCCUUUUAUAGCGAGUCUCGAAGAACAAGAACCGGUUGCCGAAGACACAGAAGAUGUCAAACCCCCUCAUGGGUUAAGGGAUGAUCCUCUAGAUGACACUUCGAAUAGUGAUGUGCCGCAGCUGAAGAUGGAAAUAGAAGUGGACGAACGGUAAUGGUAGUGAUUGAAUGGGUAAAGAUUGCAGAGUUUGUAGUUUUUGAGGCCCCCAUUUUGAUUCAUGCACAUUUUACAAUAUUUUUAAAUAUUACCGCAUUACGUACUAUUGAGGGUACAAUUUGACCCUUAGAUAAGAUAAAAAAUGCGAUAGACGAAUUGUUCCAACUGUAUGCUAUUUGGGAUUCUCGGCAAUCCGCCACAUAAUAAUUUUGAGGUUGACCAUGUCGAGAGCUUUUUUUCAAUUUCAGAUGGAAAAUUGGUACUUGCAAAUUCAAGUUUUCCAUUUUAUCCAGCCUGCGCGUUAAUAAAAAUGAAUUUUGAAAACAAACCUGGUUGGUACUAAGAAAUGCGUUCAAGUUAUUUCGAAUAUUAUAUCAUUGGUACUAUUAUUAUUAUGUAUAUUUAUUAUUUUCACAUUAAGCACAAUCAUUUUAUUCGCCAAUUUAACUGUACUUUAAAGACCGUCCGCAAAUUCUCUAUUUGAUCUGGGCUACUGGAUGGCCGCUGUAAAACAUCUAUAUGAUUAUGCUGUAGCGUAUUAGCAGGAGGCUUGGGACCAUUGUCUACAAAUAAAUUUUCUUAUAUAUAUAUAUAUGA